AUGGACUCCCUGCAGCGGCUGAAGGGCACGCUGAGCGAGCUGGAGUGCAAGCAGCAGUCCAUUGCCAGUGGACUGAGCGACCCCAGUGAAGUUGAGAAGGCCCUGCAGCAGGCAAAGGUGGUUUGUGAGACACUGGAAGCCCAGAAACCCAGGAUGGAUAAACUUGCUGAAGAAACAAAGGCUUUGGAGAAACAUGCUUCUUCAGAUAUAAAAAAGGUCUACACGCAAGAGUUCAAGCAUGUGCAAGGACACUGGGACAAGUUAAAGCUCAAGAUUUCCAAAGAUGUUAAACUACUGGAGGAAAUUACAUCCAAGUUGAAAAUAUUUGAGGCUGAUUCAAAAGUUGUUCAGAAGUGGAUGAAUGGUGUGAAAGACUUCUUAAUGACAGAAAAGGCUGUUCAAGGAGAUACCGAAGGUCUUCAAAGACAACUUGACCAGUGCACAAUGUUUGUCAAUGAAAUGGAGACAAUUGAACCAUCACUGAAGGAGAUGAAAGAAGUGGAGUCUGCUUUAAGAGCUCAGCCUAUUGCAAGCAUAAAUACUUGGGCAAAGUCUAGGCUAGCAGACUGCCAGACUCAGUGGGAGAAACUGAGCAAACAGAUCGUUAGUCAGAAAAAUCGCCUGUCUGAAAGUCAGGAAAAAGCUGUAAAUCUGAAGAAGGAUUUGGCAGAGAUGCAAGAAUGGAUGACCCAAGCUGAAGAAGAAUACUUGGAGAAAGAUUUUGAAUACAAGUCCCCUGAAGAGCUAGAGAAUGCAGUGGAGGAAAUGAAGAGAGCAAAGGAGGAUGUGUUGCAGAAAGAGGUGCGGGUGAAGAUUCUCAGAGACAACAUCAAGAUGCUGGCUGCCAAAGUGCCGUCUAGCGGUCAGGACCUGGCGACUGAGCUGAACGUUGUGCUGGAGAACUACCAGCUACUGUGCAAUCGGAUCCGGGGGAAAUGCCACACUUUAGAGGAGGUGUGGUCCUGUUGGAUUGAGCUGCUUCAGUAUCUUGAUUUAGAAACAGCUUGGCUAAACAAUCUGGAGGAAAGGGUGCAAAUUACAGAAAAUCUGCCUGAUAAGUUGGAUGCUGUCAAUGACGCUCUUGAGUCCCUGGAAUCAGUCCUGCGUCAUCCAGCUGAUAAUCGAACCCAGAUUCGGGAACUUGGGCAGACACUGAUUGAUGGAGGGAUUCUUGAUGAUAUCAUCAGUGAAAAAUUGGAGGCUUUCAAUGCCCGCUAUGAGGAAUUGAGUCACUUGGCGGUGAGUCGGCAGAUCGCCUUGGAACAGCAGCUUCAGACCAUGCGAGAAACUGACCACAUGUUGCAGGUCUUGCAGGAAAACUUAGGGGAGCUGGAUAGACAGCUGACAUCUUACCUGACUGAUAGGGUAGAUGCCUUUCAGAUGCCCCAGGAGGCCCAGAAAAUUCAAGCUGAGAUUGCAGCUCAUGAAUCCACCUUAGAGGAACUCAAGAAAAGUGCUCGACCUGAAUGCCGGUCUCCCCGUGGUGGAACUCAGCUGGAUGCUUUGCAGAGAAAACUCCGUGAAGUAUCUACAAAGUAUCAGCUUUUCCAGAAACCAGCCAAUUUUGAGCAGCGCAUGUUGGAUUGCAAGCGGGUGUUGGAUGGUGUAAAAGCAGAACUUCAUGUCUUGGAUGUGAAGGAUACUGACCCAGAUGUAAUCCAAGCUCAUCUGGACAGGUGCAUGAAACUCUAUAAGACCCUCAGUGAGGUUAAGUUGGAGGUUGAAACGGUCAUCAAGACAGGAAGGCAAAUUGUACAGAAACAGCAGACAGAUAAUCCCAAAGGGAUGGAUGAACAACUGACAGCAUUGAAAUUUCUUUACAAUGACUUGGGGGCACAG